AUGCAAGUUUUUACUCGUGCAAGACUUUGGCGACUGGCAUCAUAUUCACGUACCUCUCCUAACACCCGAACGUUUACCAGCGCACAAUAUCGUGCACAAGAAGCUUCUGCUCCGGGAAGUUUGACAGUUGCAGGCGGCUCUGGGUAUUAUUAUCUUCUAGAUGAAUAUCACACCGCAUCUAACCUCUUAUUAAGCUCUGUAGAAGAGCUUCAAAAGACCACCGCCAAAGUACGAGAUUAUACCCAGAAAAUUGAAAGGGUAGAGUCUGAGUUAAAAGCUCUCGAAAGAAGUGCGGCCACAACAGAACAGAUAAAAGAGUUGAGGGCUGAAACCCGAAAAUUAUAUGAUGGACUUAACCUGCAACAACUCGAAUUAAAAACGAUUGUACGGAAUAUUG